AUGGCCAAGCGCACGCUAGCGGGCUUGGUCCUGCUGGUCAUCGCGGGCUCCACAAUGGGCCUGCCGCUGGCUCAGCGCCAGACUGCGCUUCGCGGGCAGGACGCUCCCGCCUGCGAGCUGUGCGAGGGUUUGGUGGUCAGUCUGUCCGCCUACCUGUCCGACCCCAAGACUCAGGCCUAUGUCCAGGAGCUCCUUGUGGGAGCCAUGUGCGAAGGCCUCCCCGACGCCUUCCACGACACCUGUGUGCAGGAGCUGGCUGCUGUGUACAGGCAGGUAGUGGCCACGGUGGUGGCGGCCCUGGACCCCCACGAUGUGUGCACCCUUGCCGGGGUCUGCGUCGGCACCGUGGCCGGGGUCAACUCCGCCAAUGGACCCUUUGACUGCCCGAUGUGCCGCAUGGUGGCCCUCACCCUGCUUCAGCGCUUCAAGGACCCCAAGGUCCGCAGCGAGAUGCACACCGGCUUCCUGCAGGCCUGCAACGACCUGGAGCCGGCCAAACGGCCCAAGUGCGUCACGGACGUCGAUGCCCUGUUCCAGGCGGUGGAAAACAUCAUGGACGACCUGGACCCCGACAUGGCCUGCGAGGUGGCCCAGUUCUGCCCCCGCCCCGCGCUCGGCGCCGGCACCGGGGCCGCCAGGCUUGCGGUCCCUGCCGCCGUCCCCGCCAUGCGUGCGCUCUUCCACAGCCUGGUGGAGCAGCGGCCGGCGCGCGUGGGCGACAAGGAGUCGUGCGACAACUGCAAGGUCGUGGUCCUCCAGGCCGUCGCCAUCAUCCAGAACCCCAAGACUCAGGCGGACAUCAUCGAGUACGCCAAGGAGAGCUGCAGCAUGUUCCCCGACUGGCAGGAUUCCUGCGAGGCGUACGUCACGCUCUACGGCCCCAUCGCCAUCAACAUGCUGGUCACCUACCUCCAGCCCCAGACGGUGUGCUCGGAGCUGGGCUACUGCCCCCCACUCAGCCUCGCCUGA